UCGCAAGCCUUCGUUCGGUUGGAUCUCGGUGUUGGAUUUCCAGCAGGUUCCGGUUCUAGAACGUGUGCGGUUUUUGCUGCCUCUGAUGUGAUCCGGAUCGGAAGGAAUUUACUAUCUACGUGGACUAACUCUUUCGUGAUUUUUUGUUUUUGUUCGGGGCCAUUGCUGGCGCCCACGUUUGUGUAGUGUGUUGUGGGGUCAUAAAAAAGAAUGAGCGCCGCGAAUAGUAUUGUGACGGGGACAAGGACAGUAUGAGGCUAUGUUUGUUUAUUUUACCAGCUGGCGUUCCAUUAGAGCCGUUCCCAUCGAUAUGCACCGCUAGGAGUCGUCACCCAGAUAACAACGUGGCGAGCCUGCGAUGUGGAGGCAAAUAGUAUUCAAAAUAGUUUGGAGUAACGAGAGUGGUGCUAGCGUAUUGGGCCUCCGCAAGGUAGCCCCGUAACUUUGACCGGAAUGUGGUGGUCCCCGAGAUAAGGGGUCGUUUGGAGAAAAACCAACAACAGAACGAAAGUGAGUGAGCCGAGAAAAAUAAAUUGACGCCGAGAGUUAUCGGGGAAAAUUGAUUUCAGUGUGCGAUUACGGUAAUUUUCAUAAAUUCCUGGUGAAAAUCGUGCAGGAAGGAAUUAAUUACAGCCGAAUCUAAAUAAUGAAUUAAGGGUCGACGACGGUGACGACAGACGACUGCUAUCAAGCUAAAAGCCUCGCCGGGAGGGGUCGGAGCCAGAACGCAUUUCAAAGGUCGUCGUCGUCGUCGUCGACGGCGUCGCGGCACCUAUAUAUUAGGGAUGACGAAUUUGCUAAGUGGAUGAAUGAGUAUCAACCUUUCGCCGUGCCCGCCGUUGUCGUCGUCGUCGUCGCAAGGACUUAUUCGGACUUACGAUCCGUGUGCGUGGAACGAAGGGUCCACCUACUUGUUGUGGCAACCGCCCCACAGUGAUUGUGGAAGAGAUCCAAACCAAGAGGGUAAUAAUGUAAUAAAUUUCUGUGGAAAGUACAAUUUCGUGACAAUCGGCAAUAAAAACAUUUCAAACAAAGAAAACCAAAAGUGUAAAAACCGGCAGAACAAGCGAAAGCUGCGAAUAAAACGGAAAGAAACCGCUCCUCGUUCCCGCUCCUGGUCCUAGGGAGCCGGAAGCGCCCCGCCAACCGUAACCGCCGCCCAACUCAGUGCCCCAGCCCCGCCUUCCCUUAAAGUGACUGUGUGUAAGUGUGUGCGAGAGAGGAAAAUAUUUAUUAUGCAAGGAUAAAGUGAAGUGAGAAAAUUCAAAGUGUUUUAUUUUUCCUGCACUCUCGUCGUCGCGCGGUAUUCCCAACUACCCGCCCCUGGCACUGAUUCUCUGUUUUUAACUCCGGUCUUGGAUUUUGGCUCGGUGUCGGAAAAUCCGAAAACCGGCACCACCGACGUUUCCCACGAUAUGGGUAAAGGUGGUGGCGCUUAUCCUUGGCUGGGGCACGACUACGACCAUCAGCACCAGCAAUACCAUCAUCGCCGUCAUUAGAGCCUCCGAGAGCCGUACGACUCCUUCCCUCCUCUCGCAUCAGCAUACCGGCACACACGAAACUUAAGGAACUGAACCGAAAGCGCAAAAGGCUCCCCCUUUAACGUGUGUGUGUGUGUGUGUGUGCACCUCACCAUUUGGAGUACAACUCCUCACACGAGACUUGAGCCCACAAGUACGUACUCAACAGCAACGCUUAGGAGCGCUUGCAGCAGUAGUUAGGAAGAAGGCACUUGCCGUUUGCACACAACCUCCGCCACCACCCGGCAAGCAAAUCAAGGAAAGAAAUUCUACCACACAAGAACUGUUCUGUUGCACGGUGAAGGAAGUGCAAGUGGCAGCAAGAAGUGUUAGCAUGAAAGCAUUAAAAUCGAAUGCAAUGCUGCUGGUUGCGAGUGUUUUGCUGAUUUUAAAUGGAUUUCUCAUCACGAGCACGCACAGCGAGGAAGAAGAACCAGUGGAAGACGGCAGUUCAUAUAUAUUAGACAGGGAUUUGCCAAAAUUUGGAGAGCCCAUCCAGAACCUGACGGUUGCCCUCGGCCGGGAAGCAAUACUGAUUUGUGUCAUCGAUAAUCUUCAGACGUACAAGGUCGCCUGGCUGAGGGUGGACACGCAGACGAUUCUGACGAUUCAGACGCACGUGAUCACCAAGAACCACCGGAUGACGAUAACGCACGUCGAGGGCCGCAAGUGGGUGCUGCGGAUAAAGGACGUCAAAGAGUCGGACAAGGGCUGGUACAUGUGCCAGGUCAAUACCGACCCGAUGCGCAAUCAGAUAGGCUUCCUGAAUGUCGUGGUACCGCCAAAUAUCCUAGACUACCCAACCAGCACGGAUAUGGUCGUGAGGGAGGGCAGCAAUGUCACGCUAAAAUGUGCAGCAUCCGGCUCACCCCAGCCGGUCAUCAUGUGGCGCCGGGAGGGUAACGAACCAAUUAGUACGGGAGCUUCCAGUCUGAACGCUUCCACAUUCACAAUCUCCCGCGUCAAUCGACUUCAUAUGGGAGCAUAUUUGUGCAUAGCUUCCAACGGGAUCCCGCCAUCCGUCAGCAAGCGCGUCAUGCUAAUAGUGCAUUUUCCUCCCAUGAUUUGGAUCCAGGACCAGUUGGUGGGGGCAGCUCUGGGUCAGCGGUUGACCUUGGAAUGCAACUCCGAAGCCUUCCCGAGAUCAAUCAAUUACUGGAUGAAGAACGAUACAAUCAUUACUCAAGGCAAACGCUUUGAACCGUCGACGCACGAAGCCAGCAACUACAAGGUGGUGAUGAAGCUCACAAUCAAUGAGGUCGACAUCGGUGACUUUGGCACCUACAAAUGUGUGGUCAAGAACUCCCUCGGCGAGACCGACGGAUCAAUCAAAGUGUAUCACAUUCCGUCGACCACCACAACUCCCACUACUCCUCCAACAACAACCACGUUGCCAAUCACAACGGAAACUCCGUACCGUAAGAACCACAAAAACAAAAUCUAUCGGCCAUUUGAUGAAUACUCGUCAUCGUCUAACAAAAUCCACAUGAGUGACAGCGGUGAGCUGCGAAAUAUGGAUCUAUCCAAAGAUAAAGAUCGAGACCGCUACAGGGAAAACUCCGCCAAUCUUGAGGAUCAACGGGAAAAGGAAGCGUUUGUCGAUAACGACACAAAGUCGGACGCCUCCGUUGGGCGACACUUUACCGCCCGGAUGGACUUGACUGUACUGCUCGCGUUGCUUAUGAUACAUUUUCUGAGGUGAUUUAAUCCACGGAUUGAGUCGUAGGUGCAGUAGAAUUAACACACACAGGAAUAAAAAUCCAUGCUAAAUAAAGAAGAAAAAACUAAAGAAAAAAAAAUAUAAUUAAAAUAUUUACUUGAUCAUAAUCUCGUCAGAUGCAAAAUAGAGAGAAAAAAAACCAGAUUAGCAAAUCAAAAUAUAGUGAAUAUUGAAGAAAAGGAUAAAUGCGACAGGCAAACUUCGAGAAGAUAAUGUUAUACAAAUAAAGUCAGACAAGUUUUGUAAUAA